CCAGUGUGUGUCUGCAGGUUGGAUGAUGUUCUGUCGCUGCUGCUUCGUCCUCAUUCUGCUCUUCACUCGGUCCUCGGCUCACAAUGACUUCUUCACCUCCAUCGGCCAGAUGACGGACCUGCUGUUCAUGGAGAAGGAGCUGGUCUCCUCUCUGAAGGACUACAUCAGAGCUGAGGAGCACAAACUGGAGCAGAUCAAGAAGUGGGCCGACAGACUGGACGUUCUCUCCUCUGCUGCCACUCAGGACCCUGAAGGUUUCCUCGGACAUCCAGUGAACGCCUUCAAACUGAUGAAGAGGCUGAACACGGAGUGGGGGGAGCUGGAGAGUCUGGUGCUAUCAGACAUGUCUGAUGCGUUCAUCUCCAACCUGACCAUCCAGAGGCAGAACUUUCCCAAUGAUGACGACCAGACUGGAGCAGCCAAAGCUCUGAUGAGGCUUCAGGACACCUACCAGCUGGACACCAACACCAUCUCCACCGGAAAGCUGCCAGGCUCGUCAUCGGUCGCCUCCCUGACGGUGGACGACUGCUUCGAUCUGGGGAAGGUGGCGUACUCGGAGGCUGAUUACUACCACACUGAGCUGUGGAUGGUCCAGGCCCUGAAGCAGCUGGAUCAGGGAGAAACGUCCAAACUUGUGGACGCCGUCACCGUCCUGGACUACCUGAGCUACUCUGUCUACAAGCAGAGGGCACUGGAGAGGGCACUGGGCUUCACCAAGAGGCUGCUGGAGCUCGACCCGACAAACCAGCAAGUCAACUGGGACCUGAAGGAUAUUGAGAACAAGCUGUCCAAACAGAAGAAGAUUGAAGCGACUGGGGGGAGGCAGAGGAGGGAGAGUCGAGGUCGACCUGAUGAUGACCUGCUUGAGAUGGGGAAGUACGAGCAGCUGUGUCGAGGAGAAGGCACCGGGAUGACUCCUCGCAGACAGAGCCGCCUCUUCUGCCGUUACUACGACAACAACCGCCACCCAAGGUAUGUGAUUGGUCCGGUGAGGCAGGAAGACGAGUGGGACCGCCCGCGCAUCGUCCGCUACCACAACAUCGUGUCGGAUAAAGAGAUGGAGAAGGUCAAAGAGCUGGCCAAACCCAGGCUACAUCGAUCCAGGGUUGCCAGGAGGAAGAGGGCCCACGUCCGCAUCAGUAAGAGCGCCUGGCUCGGAGCGUACGAACAUCCAAUGGUGGAUAAAAUCAACCAGAGGAUCGAAGACCUCACCGGCCUGGACGUCACCAUGGCCGAGGACCUGCAGGUUGCUAACUAUGGCAUCGGAGGCCAGUACGAACCUCAUUUGGACUAUAGACAGAAAGACGAGCCAGAGGAGUUUGAGGAUUUGGUAGAAGGGAACCGGAUCGCCACCUGGCUGCUUUACAUGAGCGAUGUGCCAGCAGGGGGUGCCACCGUCUUCACCGAAGUCGGAGCUGCUGUCCGUCCCAUAAAGGGGACGGCCGUGUUCUGGUACAAUCUGUAUCCCAGUGGAGAAGGAGACUAUCGGACCCUACACGCCGCCUGUCCGGUUCUGGUUGGGAGCAAGUGGGUUUCCAACAAAUGGAUCCGUGAGCGAGGGCAGGAAUUCAGGCGACGCUGUGGCCUCCAGGAGAAAGACUGACCAACCUUCAUCUUUGUCCUUCAUCUUCCUCCUCCGUCUUCCUCCAAGCUGCUGAGUGUCACUGCACAUCUUCUCCAUGUUUGUUUUUUUUCUAAUAUUCAGACGUCUGCACAUCCCAGCCAGUUUUCCAUGUUGGGAACAAAGAACGCUGCAGAAAGAAUGGAUUCAGGGAGUAAAAUUAGGGCGUUUUAUUCUGAUCCGUGGCAGCAACAAGCAGGAAACACAUUAAAUUAAGCUUCUUCAGAGAAACCAGCUGCUCUUGAGCUCUUUCUGUCCAGUUUAACAUCUUAAAAACAGGAAUAUCUGACAUUAUGUUUGAGCUGAUUUCACCAAUAAUGUCUUCAGUCUCCAGGUUAGUUGCAUAAAAGUGAGCAGACAAACAAGAAAAUGUGGAGUUUGAUGCAACCAGAGGGAGAACAAAAUACCAUAUAUGAACUAUAUAUGAAUAUUUGUUUUAAAUUAAAAGUCUUCAUGAAAAGAAAUCCUGUCCCAAGUUUUCAUGUUGCCACUGAAACACAGUUUUAGUCUGGAGGCGGGGCUUGGUUUUAGCCACACCCCCAGAAAUUUCACCAAGAAGAGACGUCCCCUUCCUGUUCAUCCGUGGCCACAUGGUGAGUAGUUACACACAUAAACACACACAUAAGGACAUACACACACCAAAUGUCUCUUUAAACCAUAAACACCAACACACACACAUUUGCGCAUACACAUACACACACACGCCAAUAAAUUCAAACCAUCCAAUCACAAAGGAGCCUGCCAAAUUUGCACCAUGUGUAUUGAAAAUGUGUAAGAAGGUGCAAUGCAGGACCCAGCACGAGAGUGCGCUGUUCUAUACACUGGGAUAUGCCGAAAAUCAGGUCUAGUGGUACAUAAGGACUUUCAAAGAAAAUGAGAAAUUAAGUUGUUUGGACACUAACAAAUGCAAAUACACUCUCCGAAUUACGGGGACACCCACAUAGUCCUCUUAAUCCUCAAAGGUCCCUGGAAUGUUGGUGUACAGUCAGGUCAAAUGUCUCUUUAAACCAUAAAUACCAACAAAUACACUCACACACACAUGUGACUCUGGCCUAUCCAAUCAAUCAUGGACUCUCCUGUUUUUAUGAGUUGUGUGAGUUGUGUGAUGAUGUGAUGUUUUCUUUGUAGAUUUCUCCAUUCAUGUUCUAGUCUCAUGUGUGUAUUGUUUACCGUUGUGUGUUAUACUGUUGUCGAGCUGUUUUCUGUUAUUUUGACCAUUAUUGUGAGUUUCAUAGAUACUUUCAGUUUCACUUUUUUUGACCUCUUCCUGUGACUUAUGCAGCACAGCUCACGUACAUGGCCUAGUGAGGGAAAGUGGGGCUCUGUUCAGAGAGCCAUUUUUUUUCUUCUGCUAGUUUAGUCAUAUAUGUAGCCUCGUAUCUGAGCCUAACCUGGUAAAUAUGAAUGAUCUGUGUUCAGAUAAACUCUUUAGCAUUCAGUUCAUCACAAGCCUCAUAAUCACCUCAUU